AGCCGCCAAAUAAAAUGACAAAAACCUUGAAAGAGCUCGUUGCCUGCGGAGCCCUCAAGUAAUCAAGUUGCAAAGAGUUUUACCUCCAAAAUUUCUUGCAUGUCAACACCCAUACGCGCCUCCUUUACACUCCAGCUUGCUAGCUAUAGAUGUCUUGAACAAGUUGGAAGGUCCCAACCAGGACACAAGAUAAAACAUGGACAAUCUUUUUCACUUUGCGUAGUACCAACUUGAAACUCCCCUUAAAGGUCCCCAUUUUUGCCUUAUUAAUGAUCAAGGAUAUGAUCAUCCAAUUUCCAGCGCAUAACUUUGGGAUGAAAACCGUGUGCAGAAAUAUCAAAGAUCCUCUCUCCAAGCACAGUGGACAAAUCAAAACAACAACAAAUUUCAGGUCAGUCCCACAAUAGAAAGUGAAGGGUGCAUGUCAAUUUCCAGGGCCAUCGCAAGAGGAAGGGGGGAGGGGGGAACUUGAAUAUUUUCUUGCCUGUAUAAAUAUCCUCAAAUACUCCCACUUCUAACUUCAUAUUCUUUCAUAAAUUCCUGAGGACUCUAACAAAAAUGGCCACGCUGGAAGAAUCAACAAAACUUGAGUUCAUUCGAGAGCACCUUCUCGGAGACUUUGCCUCCACAGAUGCUUUCAUAACUGGCCUUGAUUUUGGUCUGUCUCAGCUACAACCCAUCAUCAAACCCGAAAACCAAAUUCCCCAACUAGAACAUGACUCUCCCAUGUCCGACCCAAAUUACCAAAUCCCUGAAAUCUUUAGCUAUGAGGUAAAACCUGAAGUUCUUGACUUGGAAUCUCCAAGUUCCAUCAUUAUUUCAGGGUCAAAAAUGGAGCCAAAGGUGUCACUUUGUGAAGAGAGAAGGCAUUACAGAGGGGUCCGGAGAAGGCCAUGGGGCAAGUUUGCUGCAGAGAUCCGAGAUCCAAGCAGGAAGGGGAGCCGGAUCUGGUUAGGUACUUUUGACAGUGAUGUUGACGCUGCCAAGGCUUAUGAUUGUGCAGCAUUUAGAAUGAGGGGUCACAAAGCAAUAUUAAAUUUUCCACUAGAAGCUGGAAAGGCUAGCCCACCAGUCACUACGAGCAGGAAAAGGAGAAGUAAGAGAAUUCAGUUACCGGAAAGUCCUUAGCUGGCUUGGGAGGUAAAGGAAGAAGACGGUGAGCUUGAUGAUCUGAAUCAACUGUCACCAUUAACUAGAAAACAUGUUAUAGUGACAUGUUAGAUAACGUGAAUAAGGAUAAGUUGUAAAGUAAGGCCUAUGAUUAAUGUCCAAAUCACAUCAACUAUAAAUGCACUAUGAAAAUAAGUACUAGUUAGUAUCUAAGUUUUUGUUCCUUGCAAGUUAUUUAGAGUUUGAUUUAUAAUCAUCAAGAUUGUAAAUUCGAGUGACAUAUCUUAAAUUAGAGUUGUAUAGGUUUCUUUUUAUGUUUUCAGGAUGGAAUAAUGCUGCAAUUAAGACCAAAGACCCUGUUGUACAUAAAUUGUAUAUAAAAUUGCAGUUGAAAUUUUGUGGAGAGGAAUGUGGCACAAUGUUGUUCUCGGAGUCUCAACUUGUCUUGCCGUACGUUUUUUUUUGUUUUGUUUUUUCUUUCAUUGUUUUUAGGGGAAGGUGGGGUUGAAGAAAUUUAUUUUCUUUUGUAGGAAUAUUGUCAAUGCCUGAAAGUGCCGUCAAUGGAUGCUAGUGCUACAAAAUGAUGUCAGGA